AUGGCAGCAGGAGAGCUCCAAAACACGGUCAACCUCAAAGACCUCGUCCCUAACGAACAACAAGAGAGAGCUGAGCCGAGCGGCACGGCGGAACCCGCAAAUCCUCCCAGACGAGGUGAUAACUCCAAGCGUGACAGGAGAGGCGAACCUGAAGAGCGACCCGAGCCGAGCCAAAGGAUCAAUAUGAUCAUGGGUGGAUCCCAGUACUACCAAGAUACCGUAUCCUCCAUCAAAGCCUAUCAGCGUCGAGCCGAGGCAAAAGAGAAUUGGACAGAACCAACCGACGUCCCAAACACAGUGAUCUCCUUCGCCGAGGAGGAAACGGCAGGAAUCGAUCGACCCCACAACGAUCCGUUGGUGAUCGAGUUAACAAUCAGGGAUCAUGACGUAGUAAGGGUGCUCAUCGACACUGGAAGCUCGGUAAACGUCAUCUUCAGAGAAACGCUCCGAAGAAUGGGAAUCGACCUCUCCGAGCCACUGAGAAGCAAGCUCCUUUCCUUCCUCAAGGAGAACAUCAACAUCUUUGCCUGGACAGCGGAGGAUAUACCAGGCAUAAGCAUCAACGUAACCUGUCACGAGCUGAAUGUGGAUCCGACCUUUAAACCGGUCACAAAAAGAAGGAAGCUCGGCCCCGAACGAGCUAAAGCAGUGAACGACGAAGUCGAGAGGUUACUCAAAGUGUGCCCAAAAGACAGCUUUCCUUUGCCGUACAUCGACCGGCUCGUCGAAGCCACUGCAGGAAACAGGUUGUUAACGUUUAUGGACGUUUUCUCUGGCUACAAUCAAAUUCUGAUGCACCCUGAUGAUAGGGAAAAAACGGCGUUCAUAACCGAUCGCGGGAUAUACUACUACAAAGUCAUGCCGUUCGGGCUCAAGAACGCAGGAGCAACGUAUCAACGGCUCGUCAAUAAAAUGUUCGCGGCUCAGCUCGGAAAAACCAUGGAAGUGUACAUCGAUGACAUGUUAGUUAAAUCACUCAAAGAGGAAGACCACGUCGCGCAUCUACGGGAAUGCUUCGAACAAUUGAACAAGCACGACAUGAAACUAAACCCGGCGAAGUGCAGGUUUGCGGUCACCUCGGGAGAAUUGCUCGGGUUUAUUUCCCGCUCCACAGACAAGUGCCUGUCCUUCUACGAUACCCUCCGAGGAAACAAGAAAUUUGAGUGGGACGAACGGUGCGAGACGGCUUUCCAGGAAUUGAAGAGUUAUCUGGCGAGCCCACCGAUCUUAGCAAAAUCAGUCGAAGGAGAGCCGCUCUUCCUCUACAUCGCAGUGUCUGCUACAGCUGUAAGCGGAGUGCUUAUCAGAGAAGAACGGUCCGAGCAAAAACCCAUUUUCUACAUCAGCCAAACACUGACCGACGCCGAGACUCGCUACCCCCAGAUCGAGAAGGUCGCCCUAGCCGUCGUAGUCUCGACUCGCAAACUGCGCCCGUACUUUCAAUCACAUUCGAUUGUUGUACUCGCUACGCUUCCGCUACGCUCAAUCCUACACAGCCCUAGCCAAUCCGGUCGACUCGCCAAGUGGGCGAUAGAGCUAAGCGAAUACGACAUCGAGUAUCAGAAUAGGUCGUCUGCAAAGUCACAGGUGCUCGCAGAUUUCCUCAUUGAACUUCCCGCCGAACUCGUAGCAUGUCAAUUCAACGGAGAAUACGAGGCGAAGGAUGGACGAAUGGGAGCUUACCUCAGAGUGGUCCGAGAGUUGGUACAAAAAUUUGAUGAGUUCGAACUCACGCGCAUUCCCCGAGGAGAAAACACCUCGGCCGACGCCUUGGCAGCACUCGCCUCGACCUCGGACCCAGACCUCCGACGAACGAUCCCAGUUGAAUUCAUCGAACGUCCUAGCAUUGAAAAGGUGGAAGGAGUUCGGUUGAUAAAUCCUCCCGAACAAGAACCAGAGGACGAUGAAGCCAUUCCUAUGGACGAAGAAUGGCUCGGAACUAUCCGAGUGUAUAUCGCCGAUGGAGAGUUGCCAAUCGACAAAUGGGAAGCCCGCAAACUAAAAGCUCAGGCCGCACGAUAUGUCCUCGUCGAUGGCGAGGUGUUUAAAUGGAGAUUUUCAGGACCUCUCAUGACAUGCGUCGAAGGACCGGAGGCAAGAAAGAUCAUGCACGAGGUGCACAGCGGCGCGUGCGGGAACCACUCUAGCGGAAGGUCUCUCGCUAUCAAGAUAAAACGGCACGGCUAUUUCUGGCCCACGAUGGUCAAGGACAGCGAGAAAUUUACGGCAAAGUGCGAAAAAUGUCAGCGGCACGCUCCAACAAUUCAUCAACCUACCGAGUUACUCUCGUCAAUUUCGUCACCUUAUCCGUUCAUGAGAUGGUCGAUGGACAUCGUCGGACCUCUACAUCGCUCGAAGCAGAAGCGUUUUCUGCUCGUCCUCACGGAUUACUUCUCCAAGUGGGUCGAGGCCGACUCUUACGCAAGCAUAAAGGAUGUUCAAGUCGAACACUUCAUCUGGAAAAAUAUCAUAUGCCGCCCCGGGGUCCCUUACGAGAUAGUCACCGACAACGGAUCCCAGUUCAUCUCAACACGCUUCGAAGCCUUCUGCGAAAAGUGGAAAAUCCGCCUCAGCAAAUCUACGCCAAGAUACCCUCAAGGGAACGCGGAAUGCGUAAUUCCCCCCGAAGUGGAUUUCCCAGGUAUCCGACGAAAACUUCUACCAGGACAGGAGGGCUUGAACCACUUAAUGAUGCUAGAUGAGCUCGACCUAAUCAACGAGAAGCGCGAUCAAGCCUUAAUUCGAAUCCAGAACUAUCAACAAGCGACGGCGAGAUACUACAACAAAAACGUUCGAAGUCGAAGAUUUAAAACAGGGGAGCUCGUCCUCCAAAAGGUCUUCCAAAACACUGCCGAGAAGAACGCAGGAAAGCUCGGAGCAAAUUGGGAAGGUCCUUACAAGGUUACAAAAGUGGUUCGUCCAGGAGUCUACGAACUCGCGACACUAGCUGACGAGGCGUUCCCAAGAUCGUGGAAUGCAAUGCAUCUGAAAAAAUACUAUCACUAA